CGGAUUAGAGCUGCGGUGUCUGGGACGCUCUUUUGUUUACAUCAGUUUUCAAUUUAUUCUCAAACGCUCAGGUAAACGAAACCUUCCAGAAAACCCUAAAGACUUUCUUUGCUUUUCAACCGAAACACAAGUAUCAAGUGACAACAUUUCCCAAGCGUUGCCAGCUCGCUGAACGCCGCAACUGUAGUCCAAUGGACCUCCAGAACGAAAAAUGUUAAUAUGUGAUAGCAUUCAUGUGACCCGUGGAAGCAGAAGUAUUACCAGUCACUACAUUAGGUCAAGUUUGGAGUGAAAACAUGUUCACUGCUACCCAAACCUCCAAAUCCCAGUUCCUGGAUAAAGCCAGGAUAGCGCGGGAGGAAAGGAAAGGGUAUAAAGAGAAAGAAAAAGCUGCCACGCAAAUCCAGGCUCUGGUCAGAAGGUUUAUCUGCCGUUGCAGACUGCAAAGAGAAAUAAGGAAGGAGGUCGACGACUUUAUUGCAGUCAGCGAUGCAGGUUCAACAAAAAGAAAUGCGUUGUCCAUCUUCAAAAUCGCUAGAAAAUUAUUAUUUAUAUUGAGCAAGGAGGAUAAGCUGAGGUUUGAGAAGCUAUGUAGAAUCAUACUUAGCAGCAUGGAUGUGGAAAAUGAACCUAAAGUAUGGUAUGUAUCCCUGGCUCUUUCAAAAGAUCUUACCAUCCCCUGGCUGAAACAGAUUAAAGAUGUGCUCUGGGUCUCUUGUGAAUUUCUGAAAAAACUGAAGCCUGACAUACUGCAAGAUAAUAAAUUGGUGACACUGUACCUGACAAUGCUGAUAACCUUUACUGACACGUCCACAUGGAAAAUCAUCAGAGGGAAGGGCGAGGCCCUCAAGCCUGCUUUAAACAGAAUUUGCGAGAACAUCAUGGGACAUCUCAAUCAGAAGGGCUUCUACUCUGUUCUUCAGAUUCUACUUACAAAUGGAUUGGCAAGAUCCAGACCUUCCCUUUCCAAAGGAACCCUCACGGCCAUUUUUACGCUGUCACUCAGGCCUGUUAUCGCUGCACAUUUCUCAGACAACCUGCUGAGGUCUUUCCUUCUCCACAUCAUGUCUGUUCCUGCGUUCAUCUCGCACCUGAACACGCUCACUCCGGAUUGCAUGAUCACUAUCCAAACCCAUGACCUUUUCCGCAAGUUUGUCUUGUUUUUAAGUCGAGAGGAGCAGUGCUUGGAUAUCUGUGUUUGUCUGGAGGGAAGCCACACUCUCUGCUUGCUGGGUAACCUCAUUCAGCUGGGAUACUUCAAUGUAAAAGUUCUAGAGCAGGAAGCCGGUCACUUUGUCAAGGAUCUGACAGAUAUGUUGUCCUACUGUCAGAGAUACGUGUCUCAGAAGAAAUCAAAUCUAACACACUGGCACCCGGUGUUGGGCUGGUUCUCUCAGACUGUUGACUAUGGGCUUAAUGAGUCUAUGCCGUUGGUGACGAAGCAGUUGCAGUGUCUGUGGGGAGUUCCAGUGAUCUGCACUCUCUUCUGUGAUGUUCUCAGCAAAAAGCUAGAAACUCAAGAUCCCACUCCACCUCCCCCUCCUGCACAAAGCUCACUACAGAAUAAUCUGCCGGUCAAAAAUCUGUUCAAGAGAGCAUUCCAGAAGUCUGCGUCUGUGAGGAAUAUCCUGAAACCGGUCGGAGGGAAGCGUGUGGACUCGGCUGAGGUCCAGAAGGUGUGCAGUAUUUGUGUGCUGUAUCAGACGGCCCUCACCACACUCACGCAGAUCCGCCUGCAGAUCCUCACAGGACUGACAUAUCUGGAUGAGCUGCUGCCUAAGCUGUGGGCAUUUAUCUGUGAGCUUGGCCCUCAGGGGGGACUCCGACUCUUUCUGGAGUGUCUCAAUAAUGAUACGGAAGAGUCCAAACAGCUUCUGGCCAUGCUGAUGCUCUUCUGUGACUGCUCCAGACAUCUCAUCACGAUUCUGGAUGACAUAGAGGUCUAUGAGGAACAGAUUUCUUUCAAAAUGGAAGAGCUUGUUACAAUCUCCUCGUUCCUCAACACAUUUGUUUACAAGAUGAUCUGGGAUGGUAUUUUAGAGAAUGCCAAAGGAGAGAAGCUGGACUUAUUCCACAGUGUUCACGGCUGGCUGAUGGUUCUGUAUGAGCGGGACUGUCGCAGGAGAUUCACACCUGAAGAUCACUGGCUCCGCAAGGACCUGAAGCCCAGCCUGUUGUUUCAAGAGCUGGAGAAAGGCAAAAAACGAGCACAGCUGCUACUUCAGUACAUUCCUCAUGUCAUCCCACACAAAAAUAGGGUGCUGCUGUUCCGUAACAUUGUGACAAAAGAGAAGGAGACUUUGGGAUUGGUUGAAACAAGCUCCGCCUCUCCCCAUGUGACUCAUAUAACCAUUCGCCGCUCACGCAUGUUGGAGGAUGGUUAUGAUCAGCUGCGGCGUCUGCCUGUCAACUCUAUUAAGGGAGUGAUCCGAGUGAAGUUUGUGAAUGAUUUAGGCGUGGAUGAGGCUGGAAUCGACCAGGACGGUGUGUUUAAAGAGUUCUUAGAAGAGAUCAUCAAGAAGGUUUUCAACCCAGCGCUCAAUCUGUUUAAGACCACCAGUGGGAACGAGAGAUUAUAUCCCUCCCCGACCUCCAGCAUCCACGAGAACCACCUCCAGCUGUUUGAAUUUGUUGGAAAGAUGCUGGGAAAAGCCAUGUAUGAAGGCAUAGUAGUGGACGUACCAUUUGCCUCGUUUUUUCUCAGUCAGGUUUUGGGUCACCAUCACAGCACCUUCUACAGCUCCAUAGACGAGCUGCCCUCUCUUGACUCAGAGUUCUACAAAAACCUCACCUCUAUAAAGCGUUAUGAUGGGGACGUCAGUGAUCUGGGUCUGACUUUGUCUUACGAUGAAGAGGUGAUGGGGCAGUUAGUCUGUCAUGAGCUAAUUCCUGGAGGAAAGACCAUGCCUGUCACUAAUGAAAACAAGAUCAGCUACAUCCACCUGAUGGCCCACUUCCGCAUGCACACCCAGAUCAAAGAGCAGACGGCGGCGUUCAUCAGGGGCUUCCGCAGCAUCAUCAACCCAGAGUGGCUCCACAUGUUCUCCACCCCUGAGGUUCAGAGGCUCAUCUCUGGAGACAAUGCUGAGAUAGACCUGGAUGAUCUCAAGAAGCACACUGUGUACUACGGAGGUUUCCAUAGCAGCCACAGAGUCAUUCUUUGGCUUUGGGACAUUCUCUCCAGUGACUUUUCCCCUGAGGAGCGAGCCAUGUUCUUGAAGUUUGUCACCAGCUGCUCAAGACCUCCUCUGCUUGGAUUUGCCUACCUCAAACCCCCUUUCUCCAUCCGUUGCGUGGAAGUGUCAGACGAUCAGGACACAGGCGACACUUUAGGCAGCGUCCUGCGCGGCUUUUUUACCAUUCGUAAGAAGGAGCCAGGUGGUCGCCUCCCUACAUCCUCCACUUGUUUCAACCUGCUCAAGCUGCCCAACUACAGCAAGAAGAGCAUCCUCAGAGACAAACUCCGCUACGCAAUCAGCAUGAACACUGGCUUUGAGCUUUCAUAACCUUCCAAGCACAUUUGUGGGCUGGUUUGUUCUACCCAUACAAACUCAUACAUCUUCGAAAACUGGCAGCGGUUGAGCUAAAGUGGCGUCACAAAAGUUGAAGUAGGAGACAUAAUGAUUACAAUCUUGCGUCGUUGACAUUUUGGCCUUCAGCUAAGGCCCCUUAACUUGAGUUGCUCAAGGAGAAUUUUUUUCCAUCAGUUUCUACUCUGUCUUGUCUACCAAAUGGCAAGUGAAUGAAGAAACAUACUACGUUUUUAAAAUCGUGGAACUGAGCUAAACAUGUCCAGUCAGACUUGGAGACUCUGAGAAGAUCAACCAUAGAAGUUGAACGUUACCAACAUUACCUUCAGAAUUGUUUUUGAACCACUUAAGGAUUCAUAUUUAGUGUCUUGUUCUUCAUUCUCAGCAUUUGAAGCCAAAAGAGCUCCAAACGCCUUACUUAUACAAUCAGUUUUAAACCAGCUCUAUUUAAUGUUGUCAAGUCAGGAUCCUUCUGACCCCUCCAUUAUUUUCAUCCAGAAUAAUAAAUCGGGCUUAGUCUUUAUCGGCUCAUUUGUUGACAAACACUCCUAAACCUCCUCUUGAAGUUACAGAAGAUGCAGUGGUGGAUGUACAGAUCUGCAGAAACAGUUCAGCGUUGUCUCUCAGGUCUAUCACUCCCCCAGGAAGGGAACAGGAAAGCAAUACUAAUGCACUGCAAGCCAUGCAACUCAAGACACAAAGGAGGCUUUUGCCUUUUUAUAUGGCAAAUGCUUUCAAGCCCAUAGCACGCUAAACUUCUGCUGGACUUGAGGAUCAAGCUUUAAGAGGAUACCCAACACUGUUGAUCGACUUCAGCAUGUCAGAACCAGCAGUAUGUCAAAAAAGAGAUGUCCCUGUCCUCUCCUUUCCUGCUAUCUCUUCACAUACACUACAGAGCCUUUUCCAGAAACGGCCCAAUGUCAUCGUGACAUUUCUUUUUGCUCCUGAUAUUACACUCAUUAUUCUGCUUUUCAGGCCUAAUAUGUUGUCGUCUCGUCAGACUCAUCUAUUCAUUAAGAUCAGUUCCCUGUCUUGGACUUUUUAAUUGAUGAAGGCUAACCACUAAAAGGAAUUUUACUCCCAUUUCGGAAGUAACCAAUGAUCACAUGACAAACCACUCUCCCUAUCAUCUCCCAUUAACUCUUUGCUCAUCGCUGCAGUGUAUGCUACUGGAAUUAAGCCAUACAGUAAAGAUGACUAGCUAUCAAACCAGCUCUCGUAGGGACUUUUUUAAAGGGAGAGUGUUGCAGUAACUUCCCUGAAAGGUCAUGGAAUCUCGUGAAAUGUUAUUCCAAGUAGAAAAAAAACCAUCUUCCUUUGCAUGAUGUCACUGGACUAUUCAAUUUUUUUGUUUUGUUUUGUUACGGAGAACUUUAGGGUUAAUCUGUCGAGAAAUUUCUGGGUUGUUUUUUCCCCCAAAAUGUAAAUGAAAAAUAUUAAGAAAAUAUGUUUUGCAAAAAGGAAGUGAAGCCUAAUUUUACAUCUUCAAGAAAACAUCAUGGUAGUAUUUAUUCAUGGGUGUUAUUUAAACUAAAAAAUGUAAUCAUCAGGCUAUAUUUUGAUGCAAAAUAUAAUUUCUUGCUUUCCAUUGAUUUUUGGGGUUAAUUAUGUCCUGGACAUUUCUUCAUGAGCAGUAAUCGGCUGUAGUUAUUCCAGAAUAUUUAUUGUAUGCAAACCCUCUUUCCCUUUGUAUGCCGUAUAUGCAAAAUUAUAGUUAAACAUUAACUGUCUGCCCAGCCUCCCCCGGCUCUCCAUAAAUCAAGGCAUGGAAGUAUCUUCUGAUGUAUAGAGUCCUUUGUAGAUGUGGAAAACUGGCUUUAAGCUCAUGUAACUUUUUUGUAUGCAUUGCUGUUAAUGUUAAGUUAUAAAUGUACUGUCCUAAUGCACAAGGGCUUAGGCUGAGUCCAAUAGCAUUUAGUAUUUAAAUUUAACUGACAUUAACAUGCUAUUCCCUUUGAAAGGUGUUCAAGUGCUCUGGUUGGUGUAGUGGAUGAGGAAUGUGUUUGACAUAAUGCUGUAAACGCAAAAAUAUUCACAUUAAUGAGGAGUCUUUAUGGUGAAACGACUCAGCUGAAUUACAUGAUGUCACAGAAUUGCUCUCUCUCUCUCUCUCUCUCUGAAGGGGAAGCAACAACCUUUAAAGUGUCUGGUCUCUAUUCCUUUGCCUGAUGAUGAAGUGUCUUUUGAAUUUGGUUGCACUACGUGAACUGCAGGUUGUUAUAUACACAGUAUAUUACAAAAGCAAUGGCAUUGUAAAGUUCUUCAUGUGUACAGUAAUAUUUCCUCUGUAAAAUGUAAACUUAAUUGUCGAACAAACAUACAAAUAUUUGAAUAUCCAAAUCUAAAAACUUUACUAAACAACAAA